AUGGCCGCCACGCGCCAACCAACCAGUUUAGCCGAGAGGAUCGAACCUGGGCAAAGUCCCGACUUAGCCCCAAAGCAUCGGGCGCACCAAGAGUCCCCACGGCAACCGACGAAACACUCACUUCUCAGGCGGAUUCUCGCCCAGCGGCAGCCCGGGGCUCCAGUAGUGAGGAAAGCACCAAAAUGGCGGAGAGAAAAGCAGCAUACACCGCACCAGCGGCAACAGGCACCACGUGAACGGACAUCACCGAUUCUUAAGCCUGUCGACACACCAGUAAUAGUGGAGGUGAUACCGUCCCCGGUGAGCGGCUUUGCCCUGCAGCCCACUCUGAAGCAAGCGCCCCACCGUACCAGCGCUGGUCCUAGGCAGCAUAGCAACACCAAUAAGACACCCUCUCACCCGCCCCACAAUCCGAAAUGA